UAUUUUGCUAGGGAUACUACGGUGUCCGCUUAGGUUCAAAUCCAUUCACUGCCUCGUUACAGGCUCUUGCUUCUCCGGCUUUCUGGCAGGUCGCUGUGAGGCAUGAGCUACGAACAGCGGAGAGGAUGGGGGCGAGGGGGACGAUGGGGACGAGGGGGACGGGGCAGAGCAAGGGGCUACUCUUCCCAGUACGAGAGCGGCUCUAUGGAGAAUUCGGGAGGUGAGCAAAGAGAGAAACCGCCGCCGCAUCUGAAGGGCCGGGAGAUAGGUUUAUGGCAUGCCCGGAGACAAGGCCAGAGAAGCAAAGAAAAAGAGAGGCAGGAGAGAGCUGUCGUAAAAAUGGAUGAAUCCAGGGAGCAACAUAUUACUCGGCUGCUGAAUUCGGUGCAGGCGCAGAAUAACAAUGAAAGGCCAAGUUGCUCUGAUGAAUCCUGGUGGGCCACUGAGAAUGAACGAAACAGUGUUUCCACUCAACUAAAGCAGCCAGCAAUGCCCGAAGAAAAGGAUCAUGCGUGGGAUUCUGAAUACGCUGCUGAGGCAGAUGAAGCAGGCACAGAUCUGGAUCAACAGCUUAAAGAAGAGCUGCACGAAAAGAGAACAAAUUAUAAAUAUCUUGAAAUGCAGAAAUUUCGUGAGAAGUUGCCUUCCUACAGCAUGAAGGAGAUGAUAAUUAAAAUGAUUAAUUCAAACCAAGUGACUGUCAUUAGUGGAGAGACUGGCUGUGGGAAGACUACACAAGUAACACAGUUUAUUCUGGAUGACCAUAUCAAGAGGGGGAAAGGUUCUUCUUGCUACAUUGUUUGUACGCAGCCAAGGAGGAUUAGUGCCAUAUCAGUAGCAGAACGAGUGGCAGCAGAAAGAGCAGAAGCCUGCGGAAGAGGGAACAGUACUGGAUAUCAGAUCCGCCUUGAAAGUCAGAUGCCACGGAAACAAGGUUCUAUAUUAUACUGCACAACUGGGAUUGUGAUACAGUGGCUCCAGUCAGACCCGCACUUGGCCAAUGUCAGCCAUGUUGUUAUAGAUGAAAUACACGAGAGAAACCUCCAGUCUGAUGUUCUUAUGGCAAUUGUUAAAGAUCUUCUAACCUUUCGGUCGGAUUUGAAAGUCAUAUUGAUGAGUGCCACUCUGAAUGCAGAGAAGUUCUCACAGUAUUUUGACAGCUGUCCAAUGCUGCACAUUCCUGGGUUUACCUACCCUGUCAAAGAGUACUUACUUGAAGAUGUUAUAGAAAUGCUUAGGUACAUGCCAAAGGAUAGUGACCGGAGGCCCCAGUGGAAGAAACGAUUUAUGCAAGGGCGUAUGAUGUGUACAGAGAAGGAGGAAAAGGAGCAGCUCUACAGGGAGCGCUGGCCUGAAUUUGUACGGAAACUUCAGAGAAGAUACUCUGAAAGCACUAUUGAAGCUUUGGAACUUGCAGAUGAUGAAAAAGUUGACCUUGACCUUAUUGCAGAACUCAUAAGGUACAUUGUUCUAAAAGGAGAGGAUGGAGCAAUCUUGGUGUUUCUGCCAGGAUGGGACAACAUUAGCACCUUAAAUGAUUUGCUUAUGUCACAAGUGAUGUUCAAGUCAGAUAAAUUCAUCAUUAUUCCUUUGCAUUCAUUGAUGCCAACUGUAAACCAGACAGAGGUUUUUAAAAGGCCACCACCAGGAGUGAGGAAAAUUGUAAUUGCCACCAACAUUGCAGAGACAAGUAUUACCAUAGAUGAUGUGGUGCAUGUAAUAGAUGGAGGAAAAAUAAAAGAGACUCACUUUGACACACAAAAUAACAUCAGCACAAUGACUGCAGAAUGGGUUAGCCAUGCCAAUGCCAAGCAAAGGAAAGGUCGUGCAGGCAGAGUUCAACCUGGCCACUGCUACCACCUGUAUAACAGCCUUCGGGAUAGUCUUUUGGAUGACUAUCAAUUACCAGAAAUUGUGAGGACACCAUUGGAGGAACUUUGCCUCCAGAUCAAGAUUUUAAAGCUUGGUGGCAUUGCCUCUUUUUUGAGGAAACUAAUGGAUACCCCAUCUAGAGAUACAAUAUGUCUGGCAAUCAAUCAUCUUAUGGAAUUGAAUGCUCUAGAUAAACGUGAAGAAUUAACCCCAUUGGGGUUUCACUUGGCACGAUUACCAGUAGAACCACACAUUGGCAAGAUGAUCCUGUUCGGAGCCCUUUUCUGUUGCCUAGAUCCAGUUCUCACCAUUGCAGCAAGCCUCAGCUUUAAAGAUCCAUUUGUCAUUCCAUUGGGAAAAGAGAAAUUGGCUGAUGCAAGGCGGAAGGAAUUAUCCAGGAAUUCAAAAAGUGACCAUCUGACGGUGCUAAAUGCAUUCGAGGGGUGGGAGGAUGCCAAAUGGCGUGGAGGCAGAGCAGAGAGAGACUAUUGCUGGGAAAACUUUCUGUCUUCUAACUCAUUGAAGAUGCUGAGUAACAUGAAAGGACAGUUUGCUGAACACCUACUUAGUGCUGGUUUUGUGAGCAGCAGGAGUCCGAACGACCCCAAAUCAAAUAUCAAUUCCACUAAUGAGAAGCUCAUUAAAGCUGUUAUUUGCGCUGGUUUAUAUCCAAAGGUAGCAAAGAUUCGGCCAAACUUUGGCAAAAGGCGGAAAAUGGUAAAGGUGUAUACAAAGUCUGAUGGCAAGGUUAACAUUCACCCAAAGUCUGUCAAUGUGGAAGAAACAGAAUUUCACUAUUCAUGGCUUGUCUACCAUCUGAAGAUGAGAACUACUAGUAUUUAUCUAUACGAUUGCACUGAAGUCUCACCAUAUUCACUGCUUUUCUUUGGGGGAGACAUUUCAAUCCAGAAAGACAAAGAUCAGGAUACUAUUGCUGUGGAUGAAUGGAUUGUGUUCCAGUCCCCUGCAAGGAUUGCACAUCUAGUGAAGGAUUUGAAAUCAGAACUUGAUGUCCUGUUAAAAGAGAAGAUUGAGAAGCCUCAACCUGUUGACUGGAAGGAAACAAAAUCCAGAGACUGUGCUGUCCUUUCUGCCAUCAUUGAUCUCAUAACCACACAAGAAAACCAAGAAGAAAAAAGUUUUGGCCCUUGUUACCAGGGGGGCUUUUAUAGGUGAUAGAGCAGUGGCUCUUCUCUGAGCAAGAAUGGGAAUGCCUUCCAUGCCAGCCUGAGUAUGAAGGGAAGCUGUGCACACAAGACCUGAACUAUUAAACUGCCAUUAUGGCCUGGCUUGUGUUGUUUGUAACAGUUAAAGUUGUGUCUUGCCUGUAACGUACAUACCUUGUUGGUAAGCAACAUUCAUUUUCAUAAAUGUAACUUUUCGUUUACAAGAAUAAUACCAUGAUCUCCAUUACAAUAUAGCAGCAGAAAGGUAAAGUUUAGCUGCAUCUCUAGGUUUCUAGAUCUCUGAUCUAAUCUGUUCUCUGUUGAACUGCCACUCUGCAUCUUCACACGUUAUUCUUACUGGCAAGUGGGGUUUUUGUUUAGUUACAUUUCUCAUAGCCAUGAGAAAGGCAUGGCCUUUGGAGCAAUAGAUUUUGGCAUUCUAUGAGAACGCUGUUGUCUCAAGGCUGGGGCAAGCAGCCAAGGUUUGUGAAAAUACAAAGCUUUGUGGAAGUCUAUUUUGCAGCAGUGCCAUCCAGCAGCAAGGCGCUGCAGAGUUUUCCUAUUCCUUUUGGUAGAAAUGUUGGUUCUUUUAAGUUAGCCUGGCAUUGUUCUUGGGUUUCACACAGAUUGCUAUUGGAUUCAAGUCUGGGUCACUUAAGGACACAUUUUCUGAACCCCUUCACUAUGUGUGCAGUGUGCUACUGGAAAGUGCCAUUUAUCUCAUCAGUUCAAUGAGUUUUACAGCCUGGAAAGGAUUUGUCUGGCGGCUCUGUCUUGGCACCAUCCAUUCACUUUAACACAUACAAUUUAAUUAGAAUGUAAUCUUGUGCCUCAAAGAAAUCCACGGUCUUCUAUUGAUGUAUAGGCCUAAAAAAGCCAUCAAUAAUUUGUCUAUGUACGGUCACAGGGCAGAUCUGCUAAACUAUAACCAUCAAGAAUCUGCUACCAUUGCAGCACCAAGGUACAAAGUCACUGACACCAAGCACCUUCACCACUGGGUUCCACACUGAACAGGUACAGGAAAGGUUGUCAAAAGAAGAUUUACCAUACGAUGUAUAGUUACAGGCGCCCCCUGCAGGAUGACAGUGCUAAACAUGGUCUGCAAAGAAACUGGCAUGUGUAAAUCACUACCUUUCUCAUUAGUACUUCUUUCUCCUUAAUAUCUAUAACUGUGGGUAGGGCCAAAUAUGAAUUAUUUAAUAAAAAAUGAUUAUCAGUUGAUACUUAAACACCUUUUGUUUCCAGGCUUUACACAUAUAAAAUAAGUGAACUUUUGUUUUUAAAUGCUAAGUGAAACUGGCAGAGUUAGGCAUAAUUAUGCUUUAAAAUACUGCCGUGCUCUGUCUUUGGGUUGUGAAUGGUGUCAGACUUGGAGAUACUGUUUAUACCUUGACAAACAUGGCAGCACAAUGUGAGUGCCUGCCUCAGCAUCACACCCAUAGUCAGCUCAGUUCAAUAUUUCAUUGUAUUUAGCAACACAUCCUAAUAUGCAAAAUACACUAAGCAUGCAAUGCAUUAAGAUUUCUAUAGGGUGUUUUGCUGAAUAAAUAUGUUUUUUAUGAAAUAUUGACCUGUGUGGACUCCAUGGGUGCCGCUCUCCUAGGGUUACGUGCACUGUGCCUGGUAAAAUAUUUUUGCCGCUUUUUUUUUUUUGCAAAAUAAAACCAUUCCAUCCUUCAUGCAGUGGGGGCUGUAUUUAGGAAAGGUCUAGAUUCCCUCUAAUGGUCUCAUGUUAUUUACCCACCAUAUGUGUCUCAGCUGGGAGCAGCCCUUUUAUUUUUAUAAUUAGCUCAGUUUGUUGCACCCAGGCAGUUAGCCAUCUGUUCCAAUGGGCAGUUCUUUAGCAUAGUUCCCUGCUGUGCAUACAAUGUAUAUCACCCAAACAAAUGGGCAGUUAUUUAAAAAAAAAAAAAAA